AUGGAUGAUCAAGAUUUGUUGGUAAGUUUUUGAAUUUUUAUGAAAAUUGGCAUGAAUUUCUGAAAUUGUAAUUUGAAACUGAUAAAUAAUUAUUUUUCUUGAUUUUUUAAUUGAAAAUCUUGAAAAAUGAUUAAUUUUAUCAGUUAUAAAUUGGAAUUUCAGUGGAGAUGCGGAAGCUAUGCCCAAUUUUUGAACUUUUAGAGAAAAACUUUAAAUUUUGAAUAAUAAAUUAAUUGAACCUUUUUUUCAGAAUAUUAUCAACAAUUCGAAGAGAUCAAACAACAAUUCAAAAUGGAUGAUCAAGAUUUGUUGGUAAGUUUUUGAAUUUUUAUGAAAAUUGGCAUGAAUUUCUGAAAUUGUAAUUUGAAACUGAUAAAUAAUUAUUUUUCUUGAUUUUUUAAUUGAAAAUCUUGAAAAAUGAUUAAUUUUAUCAGUUAUAAAUUGGAAUUUCAGUGGAGAUGCGGAAGCUAUGCCCAAUUUUUGAAUUUUUAGAGAAAAACUUUAAAUUUUGAAUAAUAAAUUAAUUGAACCUUUUUUUCAGAUCAAUAUCAACAAUUCGAAGAAAUCAAACAACAAUUCAAAAUGGAUGAUCAAGAUUUGUUGGUAAGUUUUUGAAUUUUUAUGAAAAUUGGCAUGAAUUUCUGAAAUUGUAAUUUGAAACUGAUAAAUAAUUAUUUUUCUUGAUUUUCUUUAUGAAAAACUUGAAAAAUGGUUGAUUUUAUCAGUUACAAAUUGGAAUUUCAGUGGAGAUGCGGAAGCUAUGCCCAAUUUUUGAAUUUUUAGAGAAAAACUUUAAAUUUUGAAUAAUAAAUUAAUUGAACCUUUUUUUUCAGAAUAUUAUCAACAAUUCGAAGAAAUCAAACAACAAUUCAAAAUGGAUGAUCAAGAUUUGUUGGUAAGUUUUUGAAUUUUUAUGAAAAUUGGCAUGAAUUUCUGAAAUUGUAAUUUGAAACUGAUAAAUAAUUAUUUUUCUUGAUUUUCUCUAUCGAAAAUCUUGAAAAAUGAUUAAUUUUAUCAGUUAUAAAUUGGAAUUUCAGUGGAGAUGCGGAAGCUAUGCCCAAUUUUUGAAUUUUUAGAGAAAAACUUUAAAUUUUGAAUAAUAAAUUAAUUGAACCUUUUUUCAGAUCAAUAUCAACAAUUCGAAGAAAUCAAACAACAAUUCAAAAUGGAUGAUCAAGAUUUGUUGGUAAGUUUUUGAAUUUUUAUGAAAAUUGGCAUGAAUUUCUGAAAUUGUAAUUUGAAACUGAUAAAUAAUUAUUUUUCUUGAUUUUUUAAUUGAAAAUCUUGAAAAAUGAUUAAUUUUAUCAGUUAUAAAUUGGAAUUUCAGUGGAGAUGCGGAAGCUAUGCCCAAUUUUUGAAUUUUUAGAGAAAAACUUUAAAUUUUGAAUAAUAAAUUAAUUGAACCUUUUUUUCAGAUCAAUAUCAACAAUUCGAAGAAAUCAAACAACAAUUCAAAAUGGAUGAUCAAGAUUUGUUGGUAAGUUUUUGAAUUUUUAUGAAAAUUGGCAUGAAUUUCUGAAAUUGUAAUUUGAAACUGAUAAAUAAUUAUUUUUCUUGAUUUUUUAAUUGAAAAUCUUGAAAAAUGAUUAAUUUUAUCAGUUAUAAAUUGGAAUUUCAGUGGAGAUGCGGAAGCUAUGCCCAAUUUUUGAAUUUUUUAGAGAAAAACUUUAAAUUUUGAAUAAUAAAUUAAUUGAACCUUUUUUUCAGAAUAUUAUCAACAAUUCGAAGAGAUCAAACAACAAUUCAAAAUGGAUGAUCAAGAUUUGUUGGUAAGUUUUUGAAUUUUUAUGAAAAUUGGCAUGAAUUUCUGAAAUUGUAAUUUGAAACUGAUAAAUAAUUAUUUUUCUUGAUUUUCUCUAUCGAAAAUCUUGAAAAAUGAUUAAUUUUAUCAGUUCCAUAAAUUGGAAUUUCAGUGGAGAUGCGGAAGCUAUGCCCAAUUUUUGAUUUUUUAGAGAAAAACUUUAAAUUUUUGAAUAAUAAAUUAAAUGAACCUUUUUUUCAGAUCAAUAUCAACAAUUCGAAGAGAUCAAACAACAAUUCAAAAUGGAUGAUCAAGAUUUGUUGGUAAGUUUUGAAUUUUUAUGAAAAUUGGCACGAAUUUCUGAAAUUGUAAUUUGAAACUGAUAAAUAAUUAUUUUUCUUGAUUUUCUCUAUCGAAAAUCUUGAAAAAUGAUUAAUUUUAUCAGUUCCAAAUUGGAAUUUCAGUGGAGAUGCGGAAGCUAUGCCCAAUUUUUGAAUUUUUAGAGAAAAACUUUAAAUUUUGAAUAAUAAAUUAAAUUGAACCUUUUUUUCAGAAUCAAUAUCAACAAUUCGAAGAGAUCAAACAACAAUUCAAAAUGGAUGAUCAAGAUUUGUUGGUAAGUUUUUGAAUUUUUAUGAAAAUUGGCAUGAAUUUCUGAAAUUGUAAUUUGAAACUGAUAAAUAAUUAUUUUUCUUGAUUUUUCUAUCGAAAAUCUUGAAAAAUGAUUAAUUUUAUCAGUUCCAAAUUGGAAUUUCAGUGGAGAUGCGGAAGCUAUGCCCAAUUUUUGAAUUUUUAGAGAAAAACUUUAAAUUUUGAAGAAUAAAUUAAUUGAAUCUUUUUUUCAGAAUAAUAUCAACAAUUCGAAGAGAUCAAACAACAAUUCAAAAUGGAUGAUCAAGAUUUGUUGGUAAGUUUUUGAAUUUUUAUGAAAAUUGGCAUGAAUUUCUGAAAUUGUAAUUUGAAACUGAUAAAUAAUUAUUUUUCUUGAUUUUUUAAUUGAAAAUCUUGAAAAAUGAUUAAUUUUAUCAGUUAUAAAUUGGAAUUUCAGUGGAGAUGCGGAAGCUAUGCCCAAUUUUUGAAUUUUUAGAGAAAAACUUUAAAUUUUGAAUAAUAAAUUAAUUGAACCUUUUUCAGAAUAUUAUCAACAAUUCGAAGAGAUCAAACAACAAUUCAAAAUGGAUGAUCAAGAUUUGUUGGUAAGUUUUUGAAUUUUUAUGAAAAUUGGCACGAAUUUCUGGAAUUGUAAUUUGAAACUGAUAAAUAAUUAUUUUUCUUGAUUUUUUAUUGUGAAAAUCUUGAAAAAUGAUUAAUUUUAUCAGUUAUAAAUUGGAAUUUCAGUGGAGAUGCGGAAGCUAUGCCCAAUUUUUGAAUUUUCAGAGAAAAACUUUAAAUUUUUCAGAUCAAAAACACAACGAUUUGCUGGCAAUUCACCACGGAUAUUUUGCAGUUCGAAACUUCAUCAUCGCCUUCGAUUCUUAAUCUCUUCCAUAAUUUAAUUUCCUGUUUUAUGUCCUACUUUUUGCUUAAAAGCCAAAAAGUAGAAAACUACUGUAGUUUUUUCUCUCUAUAA